GUUCUCCGACAGGACCAGCAGACGGUGCUAUCAGUUCUGAGACAGGACCAGCAGACACAGAGAGAUCAGCACUGAGGCAAGACCAGCAGACACGGGGAGACUAGUUCUGAGACAGGAUCAGCAGACAGAGGGGGGACAGCUCUGAGGCAGGAUCCGCAGACAGAGAGGGAACAGCUCUGAGGCAGGAUCCGCAGACAGAGAGGGAACAGCUCUGAGGCAGGAUCCGCAGACAGAGGGGGAACAGCUCUGAGGCAGGAUCCGCAGACAGAGGGGGAACAGCUCUGAGGCAGGAUCCGCAGACAGAGGGGGGACAGCUCUGAGGCAGGAUCCGCAGACAGAGGGGGAACAGCUCUGAGGCAGGAUCCGCAGACAGAGGGGGAACAGCUCUGAGGCAGGAUCCGCAGACAGAGGGGGAACAGCUCUGAGGCAGGAUCCGCAGACAGAGGGGGAACAGCUCUGAGGCAGGAUCCGCAGACAGAGGGGGAACAGCUCUGAGGCAGGAUCGGUUUACAGAGGGCGAGUACUGGCGCGGGUUUAAAAUUGUGACUCAGUGUCUGUCCUGGAGCCGGUAAAAUGACUCAAGUGGAACAGGACAACGGCAAAGAGAAAGAGAAGGAAAAAGAAAAGGAACAACGCGGUGUGAAGCGCCCGAUAGUCCCCGCCGCCAUCCCGGAAUCUGUUCUCGAGCCAAUCCAAAGUAACUUCAUUGUGGUUAUUCAUCCUGGUUCAUACACUCUAAGGAUUGGACGAGCUGCAGAUACACUUCCCGUUGGUGUACCUCAUAUCAUUGCCCGAAGACAUAAACAACAAGGACAGCCACACUAUGAGGAUCCGUGGCUACAUAGGGAUGGUCUCAAUAAACCAGAAAGUAAUGAGCAAAGACAGAAUGGCCUUAAAAUGGUGGAUCAAGCUAUAUGGUCCAAAAAGAUGUCAAAUGGUGCGAGGCGAAUACCAGCUCCUCCAGAUCAGGUGAGGGCAUAUAACAAGCAGAUGAGACCAGCUGUCUUGGACACCAAUUCGGGGGUCAAAUGGACAAAUACGUCUCAUCAACCUGAGUUUCUUGUAGGAGAAGAGGCACUGUAUGUAAAUCCAUCAGACUGCUACAACAUACAUUGGCCAAUUCGCAGAGGCCAGUUUAACCUUCAUGAAGGACCUGGAGGCUCCCUCACUGCAGUACUAGCUGAUCUGGAAACUAUAUGGACAUAUGCUAUUCAGAAGUUUCUAGAAAUUCCCCGUAAAGAUUUAAAGUAUUACAGGUGUAUUCUGCUAAUCCCAGAUAUCUACAACAGACAACAUGUUAAAGAAUUGAUAAACCUACUUUUGAACAAUAUAGGAUUCUCAGGUGUUGUUGUUCAUCAGGAAUCCAUCUGUGCUACAUUUGGAAGUGGUUUAAGCAGUGCCUGUGUUGUAGAUGUGGGAGAACAGAAGACUAGUGUAUGUUGUGUUGAGGAUGGAGUAUCGCAUCGAAAUACCAGAUUGCGUUUAGCAUAUGGAGGAUCUGAUGUGACCAGAUGUUUCUUCUGGCUAAUGCAGCGGUCUGGUUUCCCUUAUAGAGAAUGUCAACUAUUUAAUCGAAUGGACUGCCUCCUUCUUCGGCAGCUCAAAGAGACAUUCUGUCACCUAGACCAGGACAUUUCUGGAAUUCAGGAUCAUGAAUUCAAGGUCCGUCAACCAGAUUCUCCAGCAUUGUUAUACCAGUUGCGACAAGGAGAUGAAAAGCUACAGGCACCGAUGGCACUGUUUUAUCCAGCUACUUUUGGAAUUGUGGGACAGAAGAUAACCACACUGCAACACAGAUCACAGGGUGAUUCAGAAGAUCCACAUGAUGAGCAUUAUUUACUGGCAACCCAGAGUAAACAGGAGCAGGCUGCCAAAGCUAUUGCUGAGCGGAAAGCUCUGGCUAAAUUUGCUGGAUUUGAAGUAGAGUCAGGUACUCAGAAUACAGAUAGUGCAGAGAAGAGUCAUUCUCAUGAACUAGAACUUGGAUCAUCUCAGCAUGAAUGCCUACUUGGAGCAAAUGAUUCGGAGGAUCUCCCAGCAACUUUGGCAAGAAAAACAACCAUGUCACAGUUUGAAGGAAAGGCUUUGGGGCUUGAUAAAUCAAUUCUGCAUAGUAUUGAUUGCUGUGGAUCUGAUGAAACAAAAAAGAAAAUGUACAGCUCCAUUUUAGUGGUUGGAGGAGGACUGAUGUUCCAUGGGGCUCAAGAAUUUUUACAACACAGAAUUCUGAACAAGAUGCCACCAUCGUUUCGCAGAAUAGUCGAAAAUGUUGAAGUUAUCACAAGGCCCAAGGACAUGGAUCCACGUUUGAUAGCAUGGAAAGGUGGGGCUGUUCUGGCUUGUCUAGACACAACGCAGGAGCUGUGGAUACAUCAGCGAGAGUGGCAGCGGUUUGGUGUACGCAUGCUACGGGAGAGAGCACCAUUUGUUUGGUAAAAAGCCCUAUCCACAAUGACCCUUAUUAAUAAAAGCCACUGACUGACUUUUCUGAAAGCAUAGAAGUUUAUUAGUAUUGAUUUUUAAAAAAUGAGUACCUGCUGUCUGCUUUUGAAAAAGAGUUAUAGAAUUGUUUCAGAAAUGGUUAAAUAAUCUGAUUUAUGUACAGUGUUUUAGAUAUUGAAGAGGAAAAGUUUAUUCAAAUUCACGUCAUGGCUGCAAAACCAUUUUGUAAUUAUGCUGCUGCUGUGCAAAUGUUUGCUAUUUAUUAUAAAAUAAAUUUCUUUUUGUAUCUCACAUUUGUCUUAAAUUUUGGCAUGUAAGCAUAUCUACCAAUGUUUUACAAGUUUUUCAGAUUUAAAAUUACUUUGUGAAAGAGUUGGCUGCUUUUUCUUGUGCCUGGCAUCAUUUUAAACAGGAAUUUGAAUUGAGCAGGUUUUAAUUUUUCUUAAACAGGCAAGAAAUGUCUUGCAGUGAAAUAGCAACAUCUCAGCAGCUGUAGGUUGCUUUGCCUCCUACAUCCGGUUUAUUUAUGGCAUCUUGGAUGAGAGAUUUAGGUACUACUUUAGCUGCUUGUUCAUAGCAUUUGAAAAGCACCUUUUCUCCCUUUGGGGAAUAGUGGGAAAGUCCUGGAAGGAUUUACCAGCUGAUUAGCCUGUUGAACCGCGUGAUAAACGGUCCUUCCAUGGCCGGGUGCUGGAAGCGACUUGAACCCAGAGCUUCUCAACCACAGGAUGGGACGCUACUGAUGCAUCACAAGAUGUGCAAUGCCCUAUUUUAGUCAAUGGUAAACCACUGUUGCAAAUAAAGCCUUAUUCGCAUCUUCAUUUCGAGGACAACUGGCUGGAACUAUGCUUGAAUCCUUAUGCAAUUCCAAGAUACAAAGAUUUAUGCUGGCAUUAGAAGAAGAAGACUGUAAUCAGAUCUAAGGUAGGAACGGACACGAGUCUGGCAGAUUGCAUUUAAUGUAAAUGAAUGUAUGUAGAAACACAUAAAAUAAAACAGGUGCUGAAGAGCCAUUUGGCCCUUCAAAUGUGCUCUACUAUUCGGUGUGAGUGUGGCUGCUUUCUUCCCAUACCCUUUAAUUCUUUCAGCCCUAAGGACUAUAUCCAACACCUUCUUAAGAAUAUUCAGUGUGUUAGCCUCAACUGCUUUCUGUGGCAGAGAAUUUCACAAUUUUACCACUCCUUGGGUAAAAAAAAACUCCAGUUUUUGCCAGUGCUAUGGGCCUACCCCAUAUCGUUAAAACUGUGACUCCAGGUUCCGGAUUCACUGGUCUUCAGGAACAUCCUUCCUGUGUUUACCCUGUCUAGUUCUGUUAGAAUUUUACAGGUUUCUGAGAUCCCUGCCUUGCUUGAAUAAACUCCAAUGAGCAGAGGCCCAACCUACUCAGCCUCUCCUCUUAAAAAUAACUUGACCUCUAGUUGGAUCUGUAACAUAGUUUUCUAGGAAACUUUAUGAAUUCUUCUUUGUGGCUACCUCUACCAAUCUGACUCCCAAUCUACAUGAAGAUCAAAGUCACCGAAGAUUAAACUGCUACCUUUUUUUAACCCCCAUCAGUGUCAGCGUAAAUUACUGUCUGCCCAACCUACUGUUCAGGGGCUUAUAGAUUACAGCUACCACUACACACUCGCCUGAAGAUGAGUUGGGUCCAAGCCUGGAAUUCUAAUGGCUCAAACUUCCCUUGAAGCUUCUGCAGCGUCUUUGCAGCAGCGUGGUUGCUCAGGCCUGGUCUGGGAUUCGUUUUAGGUCUUCCAGGCCCAAUACCAAAGCCACCUAUCAGCAGGUAUUUUCAUCAGCUUGUGGGUCUCUUGUGAACUUCAGUCAAGCUGUGACUUCGUGUGGCAUUUUCUUCUGCCUCGGGGUGGUUCCGGCCCAGGAUUCCAACAGUAGGUUAGGUCUUCGAGCCCAGAGCUAGAGUUGUUACGAAGACAUAUGGCAUGUUGGCUUUCAUUGGCAGAGGAAUUAAGUUUAAGAGCCGUGAGGUUAUAUUUCAGCUGUAUAAAACCAUAUUUUAGACCACUCGAAAUAUUGUGUUCAGUUCUGGCCGCCUCAUUAUUCGAAGGAUGUGAAUGCUUUAGAGAGGAUGCAGAGGAUAUUUACCAGGAUGCUGCCUGGAAUGAAGGGCAGGUCUUAUGAGGAAAGGUCGAGGGAGCUAGGGUUUUUCUCAUUGGAAUGAAGAAGGAUGAGAAGUGACUUGAUAAAGGUGUACAAGUUGAUGAGCGGAGUAGAUAGAGUGGACAGUCAGAGACUUUUUCUCAGAGCGGAAAUGACUGUCACAAGUGGGCAUAGUUUUUGAGGUGAUUGGAGGAAAUGAGAGGGGAGAUAUCAGAGUGGUGGGUGCAAGGAAUGUGCUGCCAGCGGUGGUAGUGGAAUCAGAUGCAUUAGGGACAUUUAAGCAACUCUUGGAUAGGCAGACAGAUUAUAUAAUAAUGUAGGGUAUGCAGAGUAAUUGAUCUUAGAGUGGGAUAAUAGCUCAGCACCACAUUGUGGGCUGAAGGGCCUGUACUGCACGGUACUAUUCUAAAUGGACUUGUCGUAAAUUCUUCCUUUAAUUUUUUUUCUUUGUCAUAUAUGGUGGAAGCACUGUUGUUCUGAGACUUAUUUCUUUAUUUGUCUAAUUUAUUACUAUGAUUUAAUACUCUUGAAUUUCUCUAACA